CGUGGUCGUUAAUCAAGUGCGGAACUUGAAGUAACUGUCGAACUAUACGAUAUAUGAAAGAUGUCUUUUAAUAUAAGAUCAAUGACCCAUUGGGACCAUUUUAUAAAUGAAGGAUAUAUUUACAAUUGUAACAAAACAAAGAAUGGCGUAAAAUACUUAACCUGCAAGUACAAGGACACAAAAAAGUGCAAGGGAACUUGCAAAUUGGUGGGUGAGAAAUUCUUUCCGUUACAACCCCAUCAGUAUCAUGGAAUCGAGCCGAUGGAGAAGUGGGAGGCAGAAAUCAGCUUCCGCCGAUCACUAUAUGAAGCCGUUGUAUCGACUCGACAAAAAUCAUUUGAAGAGUUGUACGACUUACUUAUUUUAAUGCAUCCAGAAAUUAAAAACGAAAUCAGCUAUUCUAUGAUAAGCAAGACUAUGUCGCGUUGGCGGGAAAAGGCGAUUCUUCCUGAGCUAACACUUUCAGUGCCACGGAUGAACUUUUGCACUCAGAUCAAUGGGAGUUCUUAAGAUCCUACUCAGUUAGCCCGAGCGAUCCGCGAAGGAUUGAAGUUUCAGCUUUCAAUGACCAAGUCAUGCUAAUUUAUGACAUAGAUUUUAUCCGUGAAUUGAAACUAGAUAGAUUGUACAUAACUACUACAAAUAAAAUUAUACCCAAUAUUAGCGAAGCCAAAUUUUUAACUAUCGUUUUAGGAGAAAUGAAUGAAUAUGAAUUUCCAAUAAUAUGGGUUCUAUCUACUGAUUACUCUAGAGAAACAGUAGAGAACAUUGUGCGAGAGAUUAAAAAUGUACUUAUUAAAGGCCACGCCAUGCAAUUCAAAGAAAUCUAUUCAGAUUGUUUUAAAAAUCUCCAAGACCAUGUAGAUAUGGAAUUCCAUCAAGUACACGAAAAAAAAGUGUCGUUUGAUAGUAUCUGCAAAGUUUUGCGCACAGCUGCUCAUGGAAUCAUUGAUGAAAAUAACCCAGAAAUUAAUCAAAUCCUCCGCAAAAUAAUGAGUUUAACACUAUUGCCGUUCUACCUCAUUGACGGAGAAUUGAAAAAAAUUGGUGAAAAUUUACCCAACGACGGUGCCGACACCAUAAAAGAGUUCAUCACGUACUAUGAGCAAAAGUGGAAAAAAGAUCUUCUUCCCAAAAAAUACAGUAUUUUUGAGGACGUACGAGCCAUAAAUGAUGUAUCAGAAAUUCAUUUGCGAGUAUUAAAAAACAGCUUACCGUCCGAAAAUCCAAGUUUUUGGAAAUUUAUCGAGUCGAUUGGGACAAAUUUAGCAAAGCAUGUCAAGGAUUGUAGGAAAUUUCAAGAUUCACCCAAAAAUUAUAAAAUAAAAUUCACCCCUCGUGUUAAUUGCUCCAUCAAUAAUAACCGAGAGAGGAGUGUAUCGUCGGGGAUAAAAAAACUAUCUCAACUGCUGUCGGAACACCGAAUUGAUGCAUCGGAGUAUUUAGAACGAGCGGUAGUAGUGAUGCGCGACUAUUACAAUGAUUUUUUUUUUGACAAAUACUUGUUAGAGAAAGAAUUGACAGAUAUGAGUAAUCGUUUUGACGCCUUCUUUGCCGAAUUACCGGACACUUCAUUUCUUUUUGAAAAUGAUUUGGGAGUUAAUGAUGACGACGAAGUCCAGAGAAGCGAUGAUGUAGUAAACGAAAUGCAACGAGUCAUUGAUGGACUUCAACCAGCUGAUGUUAAUGUCGAAAUCAUUGAUGGUAAUGAGAUAUUCAAUGUUCAAUGCAGGAGGUGUAAUAUUGCACAAGUAACAACAAUAAAUUUCCCAUGCAGGCACAUUGAGUCUUGCGAUAAUUGUAUUACGAGAGCAAACAACGUUUGCUCUAUAUGUAACACUUUAAUAGAUAGAACAGUGCGUAUUUUCUUGCCAAAUGACACUGAAGGUGAUGGGUACAAUCUCAACUGCGAGAUUUGUUACGAGAAGCCAACAAAUAUCAUGUGGACGACCUGCAACCACGGUUUGACCUGUCGAAGGUGUGCCGUUGCAGUCAUUAGGGAGAAAACUAACAGCCUUACCACUAAAACAAAAAUUCAAUGCCCUCAUUGUAACGUUCGGGCUGAAGGGUUUAUGGAGUUCAAGUUGAGUGCUAUAAGAUAGGAUCACCAGUUUCAACAGCCGUCAUAAUUUUUACGAUUAAUUAAGUUUGAUACAUUAAAAAUACUCUAAAUAUUAUAUACUUUACGUUAUCAUUUAUGUUACUAUUCUUUUUUUUAUUAUUACUAUAAUUUUUAUUUUAUUAUCAUGAUUGGCAUUGGUAUAACUAUGAUAAGUUUUAUGAUA